CGGCGGCGGCGGCGGCGGCGGCGGGCGAGCGAGCGAGCGUGCGGGAGCGGCGGCGCUCCUCUGGGCGUGGCUUUCCUUCCCGAGGGGCCGGGGUCCGAGGAGCCGGUGGCGAGGUGCUGGCCAUGGCGGCCUCGCUCCUGAAAGAUGGCGCCGGGCGGCGGGGCUGCGAGCACUAUGAGAGAGGAUGUAUCCUGAAGGCACCUUGCUGUGAAAAGCUUUAUACUUGCCGGUUGUGUCACGAUAACCAAGAGGAUCAUCAACUAGAUCGCUUUAAAGUAAAGGAAGUGCAGUGCAUAAACUGUGAAAAAAUUCAGCACGCCCAACAGACUUGUGAAGAAUGCAGCACAUUAUUUGGAGAAUAUUAUUGUAGUAUAUGCCACCUCUUUGACAAAGACAAGAAGCAGUAUCAUUGUGAAAAAUGUGGAAUUUGUAGGAUUGGUCCAAAGGAAGAUUUUUUCCACUGUUUGAAAUGUAACUUAUGCCUAGCUAUAAAUCUUCAAGGGAAACACAAGUGUAUUGAAAAUGUCUCCCGACAGAACUGCCCGAUCUGUUUGGAGGACAUUCAUACAUCCCGUGUUGUUGCUCAUGUUUUGCCAUGUGGGCAUCUUUUACAUAGAACGUGUUAUGAAGAAAUGUUGAAAGAAGGCUACAGAUGUCCGUUAUGUAUGCACUCUGCUUUAGAUAUGUCUAGGUACUGGAGACAACUGGAUGAUGAGGUAGCACAGACUCCGAUGCCUUCAGAAUAUCAGAACAUGACUGUGGACGCAUAUCGAAUACGCCAUGGGGAGCUUGCUAGACUCUGCUAUGCGGGUGAGAUACUCUUGGUAGCUUGCCAGGCUCCCCGAGAGGGACGGAGGAACCGAACCCAGAUUCUCUGCAAUGAUUGCAAUGAAAGAUCAACAGUUCAGUUUCAUAUAUUAGGCAUGAAAUGUAACAUUUGUGAAUCCUACAAUACUGCUCAAACUGGAGGAUGUAGAAUUUCACUAGAUCAACAGUGACCAGCCUAUACUUACCGCACUGGAAAACAACAUUUUUCCUGUCUUUAUUACUCUGUUCUCAUAAUGUGUCAGAAUCUAUGCAUUAUAAUUGAUGUGUUUUUGUAAUAGUUUCACAGCAUAAAAUCAUAUUAUCAGAACUCUGUAGGAUUAUCAUAGCUCUGUCUUGAAUGAUAACCUCUGCACUUGUGUUUUGAUUGAAAAUUUCUUAAGUGUCAGUUAUUUGAAGCCAAUAACGUUUUGUGCUGAAAUUCAUAUCUAUAGAUGUGUAUUAUACUUUUUUUGUUUUGGGGUCACACCCAGUGAGUGAUAGUUAGGACUUACUCCUGUACCUGCACUCAGGAUCACUCCUAGUGGGAUUGCGGGGACCAUAGGGAUUACCAGGGAGUAAACUCAUAUUGGCCGCAUGCAAGACAAGUACCUUACCCUCUGUACUAUUACUAUAUUAUACUUUUAUGGAACCUUGCUCUAAGUGACACUAUGUUCUCAGAAUUCAUUUCUGGUUCUUCAUAGAACUACGUUGAAUUCUCUCUUUUGUGGGGUUUAUGGAACCAUGCCUGACAGUGCUCUGGGCUUACUUCUGGCUCUGUGCUCCGGAAUCAUUCCUGGUGGGACACGGGACACCAAAUGUGAUGCACAGAUUAAACCCAGGUUAUCUAUGUGUAAGGCAAGCACCCUACCCACUGUACAAUUGCCCUGGCCCCCAAUUUUUUUUUUUUUUUCUUUUUGGGUCACACCCGGCGAUGCACAGGGGUUACUCCUGGCUCUGCACUCAGGAAUUACUCCUGGCGAUGCUUGGGGUACCGUAUGGGAUGCUGGGAAUUGAACCCAGGUUGGCUGCAUGCAAGGCAAAUGCCCUACCUGCUGUGCUAUCUCUCCAGCCCCCAGGGCCCCAAAUUUUUAAUAUUCUUGAUUUUUUUUAAGGACUGUGCUGUAAUGAAAAUAUGUCUUAUCCUUAAAGUCUGCAUAUAAUAUCUUUGGGUUUUCUAAAAACAUUCCUUUGGAUCCUAUAAAUGUGAAUUCUGAUGUAAUAACUGCUAAUAAAAUUAUAUUGCAACAGUGUUUUAUAGAACUUCUCCCCCAAGGUUACUUAGUUUGGCCCAUUAGGGACAGUAGACCCAGUCUUGUGAGAAAAUUUCUUUUCCUUUUGAGGUUUUCUUUUUAUAAGAGUGGUUGGAAAAAUGUAUAAUAAUAGAACUUCAUAAGCCUUAAGUAAAACCAUCAGCACUGAAAAUAAUUUAAAGUUGCCUAAAAUUAUUUCUCCAAAGACUAACUCAGUCAGGUAUUUAAUGAGCAGCUACUCUUUAAAUUCUGGGUGUUGUUGUUUUAGGGCCACACCUGGCAGUGUUUGUGGGUUACUUCUGGGUUCUGUGCUUGUGUUCAUUACCGGCGGUGCUCAGGGAUCAACCCAGUUCCCCUGGAUGCAAUGCGCAUGCUUAGCGGUCAGUCCCAGGGGCUCAUUCAUGAGCCACAUCCCUCGCCCCAGACUUUGAUUAUAUCUGCCUGCCUAUCUUCCUGCUCUGUUCUUUCCUUCCUCCCUGUGUCUGUUUUCCUGGCUUGGGCACAGCAAUGCUGCUGAUCUUAGUUUGGCGAAGGAAGGUGAUGUCUUGUCAUUCAUACCAGGUACUAUACAGAUAACGAAUAACUAGUUGUAAGAAAAUAAUUUCUGCUAUCUUGAGAAACUAAGUCAUACUCCUGCCCCUAGUCAGCUUAUCUUUAAUUUUAAUUUUUUUUUCUUUUUGGGUCACACCCGGCUAUGCACAGGGGUCAUUCCUGGCUCUGCACUCAGGAUUACUCCUGGCGGUGCUCAGGGCACCAUAUGGGAUGCUGGGAAUCAAACCCGGGUCAGCGCGUGCAAGACAAACGCCCUACCCGCUAUGCUAUCACUCCAGCCCCUUAAAUUUUAAUUUUUUAAGAAUUUUAAUUCAUUAAUUUAUUUUUUUAGAGCACACCUGGCAGUGCUCAAAGGCUGCUUCUGAUUCUGCUUGGGGGUUGCUCCUGGUGGUGUCAGGGGACCCAUGUGGUGCCAGAGAUCAGACUCAGGUGUCCUGUAUGCAAAACAUACUCAUGGACUGUUGAGCACACUCUGAUUUUAAUCAGAAGCGGUGAAUCUUCGAGUAGGGCUCAGUAUAUGUGGUGGUAGUAAACCUCUGUGUUUUCAGAGCAUUGUACACCACCACAUUUAUUAGCACUACUCAUUGUAAUGGUUCUCUGGAGUAGGUAUUGUCUUUGUUUUAUAAAUGAAGGCACUAAGAUUCAGAGAUUUGAUAACAGGGCCAAGUAAGUCAUUCCAGUCUCAGCCUGUUGAUUGUAUUGUUGUUGACCAGAGAUCUUGAGCAUAUUCAGUUGGGCUAUAGUGAGUUUGCCUCCUGUGUUCGCCCCUUUCAAAUCACUGCUAUAACUGGACUGGUUCCUGUGUGUUUAUUGUGAUGACAUGACAGUAUGCCCUUCGUCAUUGUAAACGUAAAAUAAACAUGGAAAGCUCUGUAAAAAGUAAAAGUUUUAUUACUUAGAGGAUCUGCAAAUUGCAUAGCACACCCUGGGCCGUAACAGUGAAAUCAUAGCAUACACAAGGCCUGCAGUUCUAUUUUACUGGGGUUGGAGGUGUGAGUGGGCUAGGCUGUCCUAGGCUCCUUGGUGAAUUCUAAACGUCGAGUAGAAUUUAAAGUUUCUGAAGAUGAAAAACAAGUGGUCCAAAUAGUUAUCAAAAUCAGCUUAGGUCUCCAGAACAAAGGAUUCUCAUGUGGGACGGUCCCUGGCCUCUUUUAUUUUGACUGACUCAAGCCUUCUUUGAAGUGGAUACCUCAGUACUUAAAAGCUUGAGUCCAGUACAAGGAGUACUGUACUGGACUACAAACAAGGCAAAAUCUAACUUUCUGGGCUUAUAUUCAGACUGUGUAAAGGUUGUAGUUGCUGGUCCAGUCUCAUCAGUAACUCCGAACUCCGGUGGAUCCGUGACUUAGUAGCCAACUCAUCUGUGGAGGAGCAUAGGACUUGCUAGACCUUCCGUUUUUACAAUUGUAAAAUCUUUAAAAUUUGUAUGUUCAACUUCAAAUUUGUCCAAAAUAAUAUAGAAUUAGUAUAUAUUAAUUUACUUAUUACGUGCUGGAAGAGGUUUUUAGAAAAUUUAAAGUUUCUUCAGGGUUUCUACCCAGGGAUUUUAAGGGUUUCUCUACAUGACUGUGCAGUGCUUAAAAUUCAUCAUCAGUUCUCAUCCACAAUCAGAAGUCUCUUAGCAUUUAGUAUGUGGCAGUUAAAAUGGGUAGAAUGAUCUCUCUUUGCCUGUGGUUCUACACAGUCUUGAUUACCAACAGCCAACCCAAACCUGAAACUAAUAAGUGAGAAAAUUCCAGAAUUUUUGUGUGCCAUUUUGACUAGUACAAUGAAAUCCUUUGUAGCUUGUUCUAUCCUGCCCAUAGGUUGAAUCAUCCCUCUCUCCAUUGAAUCCACUCUGUAGAAGGUUAUGCAUAUCACAAUACCAUUGUUACUUUGUCUUAUCGUGCAAACAUUUCAUUACAUUCCAGAAGGUUGAGUACAGUAGAAUAAGAUUUUGAGAGACCACGUACAUACAAAUUUAGUAGUUGUAUAGUUCAUUUUUAUUUUCAUUACUGUUCCUCUCUUACUAAUUUAAACUUAAACUUUUUUCAUAGUUAUGUAUAUGUAGGAUAAAAUUGCUCACAGGGUUUAGUUCUCAGGUAUGCAUUAUCUUAUUGCCCAUCAGCAGGUACAGUGACAAUUGGUACUAUUAUGUUUUGUUUAGGUUUUUCUGUCUUCAAAAAUAACCUUUAUCAUUUCUGAGGAUAUAAGAAAAGUAGAUUAAAAAAAAAACCCACAAUCUCAUCUUCCAGUGAUGAUUGCUAUUUACAUUUUUACAGAUAAUUUCAUGUUUUUCCUUUCCUAUUAUGAGAUUUCCCCCCCUGAACUUACAGGAAUGUUGUGUUUAGUCUGGCCUUAGGUGUGGUUAGAAUUGUCUUUCUCUGAAUUGGGCACAACAUAAUUGCUCGCUAAAAGAAGUCAGGUUACCCUGUCAUAGAAUUUAAUCUAUGACAUUAAACAUUAAAAGCAAAAUAUUUAAAAAAUCAUUCCACGGCGGGAGAGAGUACAGAGCUAAGACAUUUGCCUUGCCUGUGGCUCUAGCCGAGACACCACCUCUCCGCACUGCUGGGUGUGAACCCCAAACCAAAAUAAUUACUUCAGUAUGUUUAUAAAUUUCUUGGUGCAUGGAAGCUCUUUGACUCCUUUUAUUAUUAAAGAAGAGUGUAUAAAGUUGUUUAUAUUUUUCUCCUAUAGUUUCUGUUGUCUUAAGUUUGUGGAGCUCUGUAUGAUACUAGUUUUAGUUCAAAUUUCAAGUGGUAUGUUUAUGAAUCAGAUUUUUAAAUGGCUUGUUUCCUAAAAAAUUUUCAAAAAUUUAUAUUGUGUACAUGUUUAUUCUAUAAAACAUUUGUUAAUGAAGUAAAUGUGAUUACUAAGGAGAUAACAUCCUGUUUUUAAGUGUCUGCACUUGAUAAGCAUAAAUAAAUUAAUUUGAAAUGAUAAAUGCCUAGAACUAAUGGCAUUCCUAUA